AUGGACUGGGACGAGCCGUCCGGUCCACUGCCAGAAGUGAAGAUUGGUUUCGUUAGACUGUCCGCGAGAGACCCUGAGCGACGCAUCGGCAACCUUUUCCACAACCCUGGUGGACCUGUGGAGCUACCAUCGGACAUGCUUCUGCAGAUCUCUCGAGGUCAGCGAGCGGUGCUUCCUGAAAUACUUGAUCGCUUUGAUUUCGUUGGCGUCGACCUUCGGGGCACUGGGCUAAGCGACGCACUACACUGCGGUCGACCUCCGUUCGAGCAGCUCAACGAACUCUACACCGAUACCAAAGAGUCGUUGGACGGGCUUGUCAAAGCCAACCAAGAAUACCGCCAGAGCUGUUUGACAGAAACCGGUAGUCCAUUGUUCGACUAA